AUGAACCUUAGGCAGAUCUCUAUCGAGUCAGCUGAGAGUAUUAAAGCUCAGAUUACCGAAGAAGAAGUUUUGGCAGCUCUGAAGAAGUUGGGUCAAAAUGGAGCUCCGGGCCCGGAUGGUUUCCAAGUGAGUAUCAUCGUCAAAUGUUGGUAUUUCAUGAAGACCGACAUCAUGAGAGUGGUUAAAGUUUUUGAAGAUUGUGGUUUUAUCGAUUGGAGGCUCAAAUUUACUUUUAUUAUUUUGAUUCCGAAAAAGGAGAUUGUUGAAGAAGUCAAAGAUCUGAGUCCAAUUAGCUUAACCGGUAUUGUUUACAAAGACAUAUCUAAGGUGUUCGCUGAGAGGAUCAAACCUUUGCUUCACUCUGUAAUCUCUCCACAUCAAACUGCCUUUAUAAAGGGUAGACAGAUCUUAGAUAGCAUUCUUGUGGAUAAUGAAUGUCUCGAUUCUAUAUUGAAGGAUAAAAAUCCAGGUAUCAUAUGUAAGAUUGACCUGGAAAAAGCCUUUGAUAACAUCAAAUGGUCUUUCAUCGACCAGGUUUUGCAAGCUAUGUAG